AUUCUGGUGGAGACAGCUAUAAGAAGACAGUUUUGAGUUUUCCUGUGAACUGGAGAGAGAUGCCGCCGGUCUGAAUUGAACCCACGCCCUCUCCUGCUUCAGCGAAACAGAAUUUCCUGGGUUGAUGCUGAACUUCUCUAAAAAGAAGAAUUGAACAAUAUGUACUUAAAAUUAGGAAAUUCCUCAUAAUAAUUUGUUCUUCUGCAACACCGUUGCUGUGAGGCCUCGCCACGUUGUGCAGAGGUUUUACGUUGUCGCUAUACAAUGUGCCGCGAACAAAAGUUGCCAGAACACUUGUAUAGAGCAAGCCAAGCGCGAGCGCUGUGACGUGCCCCGGUCGCUGGUGGGGAAGCUGUUACUCAACUGACAAAUAACGGCGUGUACUGAGGAAGCUGCACAGGCUUUGGAGAACUGGCACUGAUGGGUGCAGCGCGGGCACUGCCAGGGCCCCGCGUGCCCGGGAGCGUCGCCCCGGCUCCGACGAUGACGCUGUUGUGGAAACAGGAGAAAGGUGAAGCCACGGCGCUUUCGUCGUUCCUGGUAACCUCUGCUCGGGCAGGUGCCGUGUGAGGGCCGGGGGCCCGUCCAAACCAAACACGGGUGUUUGCUCAGCCGCGUGAGCGCGCGGAGGGCUGCGGUAUAAGUGCGCGGGCCCGGGCGCCUUCCAGCACCGGUGUCCGGAGGAGGAACAUGCCACAGUGCGCCAUGGGCUCGCUGCCGCGCGACGGCUCCCGCGGACAGGUCAGCGCGGCGGCGGGCGCCUUCCCGAAGCGCGUCAAGGUGGUGGAGGUGGGGCCGCGCGACGGGCUGCAGAACGAGAAGGCUGUUGUGCCCACAGCGGUGAAGAUCGGUCUGAUCAACAUGCUCUCAGAAACCGGGCUGCGGGUUAUAGAGGCCACCAGUUUCGUCUCCCCCCGAUGGGUUCCGCAGAUGGCUGACCAUACUGAAGUUAUGCAAGGAAUUAAUAAGUUGCCUGGUAUUAGUUAUCCUGUCCUGACUCCUAACCUGAAAGGAUUUCAAGCAGCGGUGGCAGCAGGGGCCAAAGAAGUGUCUAUCUUUGGAGCAGCAUCUGAGCUCUUCACUAAGAAGAAUAUUAACUGCUCCAUAGAGGAGAGUUUGGAGAGAUUUGAGGAAGUUAUGGCUGCAGCAAGAGCAGCCAGCAUUCCAGUCCGGGGCUAUGUUUCCUGUGUCCUUGGCUGUCCCUACGAAGGGAAGAUUUCUGCAGCUAAAGUUGCAGAGGUCUCCAAGAAGAUGUACUCGAUGGGGUGUUACGAGAUUUCCCUUGGUGACACCAUUGGCAUCGGGACCCCAGGAAGCAUGAAGGAGAUGCUGACAGCAGUCAUGAAAGAGGUGCCAGUUGGGGCUCUUGCUGUUCACUGCCACGAUACUUAUGGGCAAGCUCUUGCCAACAUCUUGGUAGCGCUUCAGAUGGGUGUGAGCGUGGUUGAUGCUUCCGUUGCCGGCCUUGGAGGCUGCCCCUAUGCCCAAGGGGCGUCAGGAAAUGUUGCUACGGAGGACUUGGUGUACAUGCUGAAUGGCCUGGGGAUCCACACGGGUGUGGAUCUGCAGAAGCUGAUGGAUACAGGUACAUUUAUUUGCAAUGCUCUGAACAGAAGAACCAAUUCCAAAGUGUCCCAAGCAACCUGUAGACUGUGAUACUGAAUCAAGUUUCUCCUUGAAUCAAGUCGGAGAAGAAAGCAAGGAUCUGGAGCGGGCCUUUCCUUCCUUGGUUGGAGUUGGCAUUUCCCUUCCUUUCUGCUGCCUCUGCUCUUCAGUGCUCUGAGAGGAAGUGCAUAAUUCGCUAGAAUCCUGGAAAAAAUGAAGAGAGACAAGAAUACUAUAUCCAACCUUGAACAUGUUAAACACUUUCCUUGGGGAGGGGACUCAGAUUGUCUGAGGGAGAAGUGAAGGAUGCCCCACUUGCCUUCACGCAGAGAGCAAGGUGCUGCCGUCUCUGGCAUCAGCUCAGAGCAGUGCCUGGUAAAUUCUACCUCAAGAGUAUGUUGCCAUAAAUGACCAGCAAAGGAUAAACCCCGGCUCUUCUGGUUAGAGUGCUUCUCCAGGUCAGGCUUGACCCUUCUGCCCUUCUUUCUCCUCCUGUCAGGAAGAAAAGCUACAACUGUUAAGACUGAAACUGAAAGAUGCUCCUUUGUGACUGAGUAUCAAGGAGCAGUCCUGGAUCUUCUGUCUUAGCAUUUAAGGAUUAUAGAAAAGGACUGUAUCUGUUGUAAGAUACUUAUAGUAAGAGUAGUAACACAUUAUUUAAUAUUCUAAAAUAUUAGAAAUUUGUUUUAAUGGAGCCAGGAAAAGAGCUUUUGCUGCUCGUUUCAUUCCAAGUGCCUGUUCCUGCAGCACUCGCUUGUGGAGGGAGCGCUGUACCAUGGUGGCCUGUGGUCUGUCCCUAGAGAGCAGACACUUUGAAGCAGGCUUAUUCCGUACGUGUGUGUACUCCUCAGUGGUGGGCAGGAUCUAGAGCAGGCUCCUUGCUAUCCUUCCUAUUUAAAAUAAUUAAAUAAAUUAUUUAUUUUUGAAAGCAGAGAUAAUUGCAGAAUCUUAUCUUGGGGCCUGGUGGGUGCGUUUUGUACCCCCUUGCUGCACGUUUCUUUGACUGUGCCUGUGACUACCCCCCCGUGUCUCUCUACACUGCUUAACCAGCCUGUAACACUUAAAUAAAAUUACUAUUUAAAUCAA